UAACAAUGGGGAUGUCAACGGUAGGUAUAUAAGACACUGUUCUGUAAGGAACAAAUCAGUGUUUAAAAAUAAUUCAAUCAAAGCAUCAACAUGUUCAAAUUGUUUGUAUUCGCCCUGCUUGUAGCAUUUGCAAUGGCUGUUCCAACGCCUGAGGCAAAAUCCGAUCCGGAGCCUAAAGCCGCCCCUGAAGCCAAACCAAGCGUAGCAAUUGCCGCCACUGCUCCUUUGGUUGCCGCUUACAGUGCACCCUUAGUUGCGGCUCCUGCUUAUUCAUAUUCAUACUCGUAUUCAGCUCCACUUGCUUAUUCAGCUGCCUAUGCUUACCCGGCAGCAUAUGCGGCACCUGUUGUAUAUGCAUAAGAUUUUUGAAUAAAUUUUAUUAUAAAGUGCA